UGUAAGUCAAAGGUUUUGUGGCUGGACUGAUGUUCCAAUCCCUCCAGUGGAAGUCUUGUCUGGUUACAGGAGAUGGCCAGUUCAGGUUCCUUAUCCCUCAUUACUAGGAGCCUUAACUUCUACAAGGUAUUUCUAUGAGCAGUGUGUGACGGUAAAGAUCAAUAACCAAAGGCUUGCUAACGCAGAGGAAGAGCUCACAACACUAGAGGAAAAGGAAGUCUCAGAGACAAGCUCGUGAAAGAAUGGCUGUCUCAAGGGCUCCGGGGCCUGACUCCGCCCGUCAGAUCAUCUGGCUGUUCCCACUUGUCUUCUGCCUCGGCUCAGGGAAUGAAGUUCCACAAAGCAGCGCAAGCCCAGAGGUGGUGAAUGGUAUCCGAGGGGGGUCUGCAACUCUUCUUCUAGAGCUUCCAGCAGGAAGGAAUGCCAGUGUCAUCGUCUGGCAGCACCGAGGAAGAGAGUCGCACGACACUCCAAUCCUUAUCAUCCAGUUAAACAAGUCUGCAAGUCCACAAAUCACGAGAACCGAUCCAGAGAGGGGAAAGCGACUGAACAUUACCCAGUCCUCUUCCUUACAGAUCAGCAACCUCACAAUGGCGGACGAAGGAUCGUAUACUGCACAGAUAAGCACAAACUCCAGACAGUACUUGUCCAAGUAUGUUCUGAGGGUCUUCGAACGACUGAGUAACUUAGAAGUUAUCAACCACACUCGCCUGUCUGAGAACGGGACCUGCGAGAUCCACCUGACCUGUACUGUGGAGAACCCAAAUCAUACUGCCUCAUUUGGGUGGCAGGCCUCAGGAAACAUCUCAUUAGGGGACCCAAAUCUCACUGUCUCCUGGGACCCAAAGAAUUCUCGUGACCAGAGUUACACCUGCCACGCUCAGAACCCUGUCAGCAAUCUGUCUGUCUCUGUCUCUGCCCAGAGUCUUUGCACAGGUGUUUUAACUAAUGAAAGUCUACACCAGUAUAAAGAAUGGCUUUUUGGUCUUGUGCCUAUAGUCACCAUAUGCAUAGUUAUAUGCGUAUGUAAAAAAACAAGAAAAAGAAAAGGUUCUCUUUCUCUGGGUAGAAGACAACAUCCAGAUUCCUCUGAGAACACAGAUACUCCAGGCUCUCCAGGGAACACUGUGUAUGUACAAGUCACUCACCCAGUGAAGGAAACGAAAAUUCCAAAAUCUAUAAAAAAUGAUUCUAUGACAAUUUACUCCAAAGUUAAUCAUUCCAGAGAGCCCAUUUCUCCCAGGAUGAAUACUCUUAAGGACAUCAAGUAAGUUGGUGGAAGGCUUUAAAGGAGUUCAGGCAAAGAACAUCUAUUGACCCCCUGGCCCCCUGGAAGAGAACAGAGAAGCAUGGUUUCCUGCUGGCAAUGGAAUCUGAAUAUCCAGGGAUAUCACAUCAGACUUGACCCUGCAUACAUAGGUCAGAGGCUUGACGAGUAGCAAGAUCUCCAGUAUGGAACCCCGAAACUGCUUUUCAACCCACUCCAGGACAAGUCCUGUCUUGGAUAAUACACCCACAUGUUGCCUUCUCUUUGACAACUACACAAUCUGAGUUUUGACUGACAGAUUAUAAUUCUACAGGUAAUCAUUUCUCUCCUUCUAAAAGGCAAGCAGGAUGUGAUUGGUUGGAGAGAGAACAUGGUGUUUUGGUUAAGUAUGUAGUGUCUGGUGCUGAAUAGGCCCACACUCAUGUCCUAUGAAUCAUUUUUACUAGACAGGCCUCCUGGGAAGUUUCCUGUGUUCUUGGUGCUUUAAUCUCAUAGCCAAAAAAAAUGAGAGGAGUAAUGCAUCGAUAGGGCCUAUUACUCAAGCCAGAAAUCUGAGCCGUCCCUGAUUACAGCCUCUCUAUCACCAAGCCCUCACACUCUACCUCCAGAAUACAGUAAACAUGUCUGUCUCUUUCCAACUUGUAGAUCAUCCUCCUGUAUCCGACCGCCCCACCUGGAGCCGAAUACUCCAAUAACCUCUAAACAUUCCUUCUAAUUUUGUUCUUGUCUCCCUGCAACCCAUGGUCCAAAAGACAACAAGCCCAGUGUCCCUAGUAUAGACCAGCUCUUUCUCUUGUCUGCUCGUAACCCCACAGACUGCUCAUUGCACUCAGUGUGAAAGCCAGUCUCCAUGACCCAAGAUGGUCUGACUCCUACUCAGACUCUGCCAGCUGCGCUCUCCCUGCUCUUUCUCUGUUUGGCCUUUGUGAUCUUUCAAGUCCCCUAGGAGAGAAGAACAUUCUCCAUAUUACCAUCAUUUGCAUCUGCCUGAAGAUCCUCUCUCUGCCUAUUGGGCUCCUCCUGUUCUUUAGACUUCAGCUUAAACGCAUCAACUUCUUCCCAGAACGCUCUGCUCUCCACCUAAAGUGGGUUUUCUUAUCAUUCAUUCUUUUAAACCUUCCAUGUUGUUUAUCACAUGUCAUUUCGUAUUUAUUUUUAUUUUCAGCAUCUGUUUCCCUCAUUAGAAUUUAAGUUGGUGGGAUCAGAGACAAUAAUUAUUUUAUUGCUAGAACAGUGUAAGUAUUAAUUAAUUACAUUAUAAGUGUUAAUUAAUACCUAGUACAUUGUAAGUGUUCAAACAAUAUUUUUAGUAAAUAUAUUUGUAAUGGUUUUGUGUGGUAAUUAAAUAAGACAAUACAGUUGGCUCUUCAACUGUGGGUCUGCUUCUGUGUAUUCUAUCAACUGCAAACUGAAGUAUUUGAGAAAGAGUUGUAUCUGUACUAACUAUAUACGUGUGUUUUCUUAUUAUUCUCUUAAGGUAGACAUAGGUUCUAUACUAUCUCAUUUUAUGUGAGGGACUGGCCUCUAGGGUUAGCCUAGAACCAUCUCCCAGGAAUACAAAGGAUGACUAUAAACUCUUAGCAUAGUGCCUAGCACAUUAAAAAAGCUCAAGAAAUAUCCCGUCUAAUUGCUAGUAGUGCCAUGUGGUAGGGCUCUCCUAGAAUCCCAGAGUUUGGAUAGUGGAGUCAAGAGAAUUCAAUGUCAUCCUCAGCUAUACAGAAAGUUCAAGGUCAGUCUGGGCUAUGCGAAACCUUGUCUCAAAAAGAAAUUGAUCAUUGAUGUUAUCAUCACUAUUAAAUUUCA